AGGGCACAUUUUGUGCUUGCCAGAGCUCUUACAGUCUAUCCGGCAUUGAGCAUAGAGACCGUUGGGGACAGUCCAGGGGCCUGGAGCUGUUGCCAGCCUGGAGAGAGGCCAGUCCAGAAACAGCAGUGUGUACUCCCAGCAGCAAAGGAGACUCAGGGACAGAAAGACAUGUCCUGGAAAUUGACACCACCUCUGCUGCUUCUGGCCUGGAUAGCCUCCAUGUGCAGUGCCAGGGACAGGACAGACCUGCUCAACGUCUGCAUGGACGCCAAACACCACAAGACAAAGCCAGGCCCCGAGGAUAAGCUGCAUGACCAGUGCAGUCCCUGGAAGAAGAACGCUUGCUGCACCGUCAACACCAGCCAGGAGCUGCACAAGGAUACCUCCCGCCUGUAUAACUUUAACUGGGACCACUGCAGCAAGAUGGAGCCUCGCUGUAAGCGCCACUUCAUUCAGGACACCUGUCUCUAUGAGUGCUCCCCCAACCUGGGGCCCUGGAUCCGGCAGGUGAACCAGAGCUGGCGCAAAGAACGUUUCCUGGAUGUGCCCCUGUGCAAAGACGACUGUCAGAGCUGGUGGGAAGACUGUUGCACCUCCUACACCUGCAAGAGCAACUGGCACAAGGGCUGGAACUGGACCUCAGGAUCUAACAAGUGUCCAGCUGGGGCCGUCUGCCGCACAUUUGAGUCCUACUUCCCCACGCCUGCAGCCCUGUGUGAGGGCCUCUGGAGUCACUCCUACAAGGUCAGCCAACACAGCCGAGGGAGUGGCCGCUGCAUCCAGAUGUGGUUUGACCCAGACCAGGGCAACCCCAACGAGGAGGUGGCGAGGUUCUAUGCCAUGCAUGCUGGGGCCGUGCGCCAUGGGAUUGGGCCUCUCCUGCUCAGCCUGGCCCUGAUGCUGACACCCCUGCUCCAUGGCUGAGUCCAGCCCUCCCUAGACGUCCCCUCUGCCAGUCCCCAGGUUUGAUGACCAGGCUGGGCUCAACUCAGUUCCACAAAUGAGGGAGUCCUAAGAAUAUCUCCAUCCAUUAUCCAUCCCUCUGUCAUUUGGUUCCUGCUCUAUGGCGAGGCUUGCAGUUUCUCUGACAGCCAGUUAUAAUAAAGACAUGGACACAUCUGUCUCUGAUAA